CCACUCAGCAUCAAUGGUGGCAGAAGACAGAGACUCAGUCAGGUGGAGCACAUCCUGCAGGCAUCAGAGAUGCUGUGUUCAUCCUUUCUGCUGGCGCUGCUGACUGUGAACUCAGUCACAGGCUACAGUAAUGGGAAGGUGGGUGCUGCCUGUGGAGACAUGGUCCCUCAGCAUGGCUACGAGCCCAGCCCGGACCCGUCCCCGUACAACGUCACUGUGGAUAAAUCCACGUUCAGCCCUGGUGACCGCAUCACAGUGUCUUUACAAGUGGUCUCCUCUGACCCCACGUUCUUCAAGGGGUUCUUGAUAGAAGCUCGGGAUGCUGGGAAAUUAAACUCCCCGGCGGUGGGAUCCUUCACCCUGACUGACCCUCAUGAGUCUCGACUUCUACAGUGUGGACACACUCAGAGGUCUGCAGUGAGCCACAGGAGAAGUUCAACAAAGACUCAUGUUCAAGCUGUGUGGGAGUCUCCAGAAGAUCCUCCACAGAGAGUCCAGUUCCUUGUGACGGUGGUGCAGCACUAUGAGGUGUACUGGGUGAGGACUGCAGGCCCGGUGGUCCGUCUGAGAGGAGCCACUGCUGCUCCAUCCACUGCUGCUCCAUCCUCUGAUGCUCCAUCCUCUGAUGCUCCAUCCUCUGAUGCUCCAUCCACUGCUCCUCCAUCCUCUGCUGCUCCUGUCCAGACUACCAGCCCCACUGCUCUGUCUGCACCGUUUACGUCAGUGGGGUGUGGCCACAGUAAGUCCUGCCUCAGAGACCCGGUGGGCUGUCGGCCCGAGUCGGAUCCCGACUGCUUCUUCUUGUCCUUCAUCACUGACGCAUCAGGCAGCAGCGUGAUGUUUGAACUGAGCGGGCCGGCGGACGGUUACGUGUCGUUUGCUCUGUCUCUAGACCGAUGGAUGGGAAACGAUGACGUCUAUCUCUGUGUGAAUGAUGGAGACAGAGUCAGCAUCAGUGCUGCGUAUGUCUCUGGACGAACACAUCCUGAGUCGGCAGCAGAGGAGACCCUGUGGGGUCGGGCCUGGAGGCUGGCUGAUGGGGUCAUCCAGUGCCGUUUCCAUAGAAACAUCAUCCAACCUGACAGGUUCAGCUUCAACCAGAGCUACUUCCUGUUUCUGGCACACGGCAGCUCUCACCAAGGUGUCAUCCACAGACACGCUCGCCAGCCUCUUACCUCCACCGGUCAGAAGGUGAUUGCUGGACAUCCAGAAGAUCUCCGUGGCUCCCGGUCUCCUCUGCUCAUCAAGCUCCAUGGUGUGCUGAUGCUGACUGCUUGGAUGUGGACGACCAGCACGGCCGUCUUCAUCGCUCGCCAUCGCAAACACUUGUGGCCCGACACGACUCUUCUGGGACAAAAGCUCUGGUUUCAGCUCCAUCGAACUCUGAUGCUCCUGGCUGCUGCCCUGACUGUUGUGGCUUUCACGCUGCCUUUCAUAUACAGGAGGGGAUGGAGCAACCGUGCAGGUUCUCACCCGUACGUCGGCUGUGCUGUCAUGGCUCUGACUGUCAUCCAGCCAGUUAUGGCAACUCUUAGACCAGCUCCAGAGUCUCCCAGCAGGAUCAUCUUCAGGUGGAUGCACUUCGGAGGCGGCACCAUCGGUCAGAUACUUGCUGCAGUGUGUGUGUUCCAGGGUCCUACCCAGCAGGCCCUGCUGUUGCCCAGUCCCUGGUCUCCUGCAGCGCUCGCUGGAUGGUUGCUGUGGAUCUUGCUGGCAGACCUGCUGCUGCUGAUCCAUUCCUGCAGAUUCAGAAGUAGAGGAACCAGCGAAGACAAAGAAGGCCUUUUGUGUGCUCAGUUAGAGAAGCAGCAGCAUGGAGAGAUCUCCAAAGUGAAGAAAAUAGUGCUGCUGGUGUUUCUGGCAGGAAACACAGGGUUCCUGGCUGCAUUUAUAAACGCUGUUGUAAGUUCAUGAUUAUCAGCAGUAAGAGACUCUCCCUGUGUUAUACAUACAGGAGCUAUCUCUGGUGUUGAGGAAGAUGUUUUCCACAGUUAAUCUCACUAAUAAAUGGAGGAAUUUCCCUCUAAGAUCCUGUCUGUUAA